AUGGAGGGGGCCUCCAAUGCGACGGUUCCUGGCUUUCUUAUCAAGCUGUGGACGUUAGUAGACGACACCAUCUUGGAUGAUGUGAUUCGCUGGAGUGAGAAUGGUCACAGCUUUCUCGUUGUGAAUGAACAAAUCUUUGCCAAAGAAAUACUUCCAAAAUACUUCAAACAUAAUAAUAUAUCCAGCUUCAUACGACAGCUCAACCUAUAUGGUUUCCGAAAGGUGCUUGCAUUGGAGAAUGGAAAGGUUAUACAAGGGAAGACAGUAUCUAUGGAAUUUCAACAUCCAUUCUUCAGAAAGGGAGGAUCCAGCCUUCUAGAAAACAUCAAGCGCAAGGUGCCAACAAUGAAAAUUGAGAAUGUCAAAAUCUACCCUGAUGAGUUGCAGAGAAUGAUGACUGAAGUGCAGGAUAUGAGAGACAAGCAGAGCAACAUGGAUGCCAAAUUUGCAGAACUGAAAAAGGAAUAUGCAGCACUUUGGCUUGAAGUGACAGACCUAAGACAGAAGUACUGCAAGCAACAGCAGCUUUUAACACAGAUUCUCCAGUUUAUGUUGAAUUUGAUAGGUGGAAACUACAUGGUAAACAAAGAUAGAAAAAGGUCAUUACCACUUAAAUCUGGGGCUUCAGCUUCCAAAUGUGCUCAUCAAUAUUUCCAUAUUCCAGAGGAGAAGAAGAAAGAAGCUAUGCAGAUAUUGCAAAAUGGUUACACACUUGUUGAAGAAAAAUACAAAAAUCUCCUUGACAAUAUCUAUCCUACUUUGAAAGAUCAAUCUAAAACUUUAGUUUCAUGUAUGGACCAGGCAAGUGGAGAUGAUGGAAAGGACUUUAAAAUGUCUACUGAGGAUAUAUUUAUGAAUGAAGAUUCAUUGGAUAUUGAUAUGUGUUCAUCCAUACCUGAUUUUCAAGAACUAAUGACUGAAGAAUACUUAGGACCGGAAACUGAAGAUAUUUCUUUGGAGUCAAUGUCUUCUCCUGAGGAUAAUGAUUCAAUCUUUACUGAAGACAAAUCAGACAGUCAAUGUAACACUAUAAUGAACAGGGAUGAAAUGUAUAUGCAGUGUAUUGAAAGAAAUCUGGUGGAGAUUAAGUCCUUGCUAUCUAGGAAGAAAUUGAACUGUGAUGCUGGUCAUGUCAGUGAGACUCUAAGUUUAAUGAACAGUGAAGAAGGAGAGAUAAGCCUGCUUGAAGCCAAUGGAAAAAAAGACAAGCAGGUGGUAGAAUACAAGAAAUACACCCUGCUUUCCCUGUUAGAUGAGGUGCCGGAAAACGAUUUUGGAGAAAGACUUCAAGAUUCUAAUGACCUUCUUUUGAAUGAUCUGAAGAACCCAUCGUUGGUCUUACCAGAUUUCAAUGACCAUGAUUAUAUAGCCCUGAAUGUUUCAUCUCCAGAAGAUGUUGUAAAUCCUAUUGAAAACUCUGUGCCCCAGUUAUGUGUGGAAACAAAUGGAGAAUCUAAGCUAUUCCCUUUGCUUUUUCUGAGCCCUGUUACCAAUUUUGUUGAUGAAUCCAUCAAAGUUGAGCCUUCUACUUGA